CUCAGUCACACUGUCGUUCUUGAAUGAUGAGAAGACAGCCGUAAAGUUGCUUGAAAGUCAGCCGUCGUAUUUCCGGUCCGUCCAUCUAAAACUGUGUCUCCGGAAUCUCGUUUUUUUCAAAGUUCCUUUUCAUCCUGAAUUUGUGCUGUCACAUCUACCAAGAGGUGCACCCGACCGCCAUGACUUGUUGAUCUCCUCUAACUGUAAGAUGAUCCUGUUGUUAAGGAGCGAUUUUUGAGGGAACGCCACAUCUUUAAUACUAGACAGUUAUUAAGAUAACUUCAAAAUGUUUUGUGACAUUAAGAAACAGCUUGGGCCAAUCAAAGCGCACUAUGUUUUAUUCUUUGGAGCUAUGGGUUCAAUGUACCCAUUCAUCCCAAUAAUCAUAACAAAUAUGGGUUUCUCCAGCAAUAUUGUCGGGAUUGUCUUCCUUUGGUUGCCUAUUUGCGGCAUGUUUGCCAAAACCUGGUUUGGAGCACUAGCAGACAAAUUCAAAAGACAGAGGUUCUGCUUUCUUCUCUUCAUUUUUGCAUCACUCGCCUUCACUCUACUCAUUCUCUUAUUACUGGCCAUCACAAAGAAGCCAUCCGCAUCUCUGGAAUGUAAUUCAUCGGGCACAAAUUUCAAUUUUUGUUCUGGCAGUAGAAUAGCGGAGAAAGAAAAAUUGGCAUUCUUGAAAGAGAAUACUUCAAAAAUGACCUGUCGCCUAGUCUGCCACAAUGAUACAUCAAAUGUGCAUCAUUCAACUGAAGAACUGUGCAAAUCUUGGGGUUUAUCAAGUUAUUGUGGAACAUCAAAGUUCUCCAGCAGUCAGGAUGAUCUCUCCUCUCCUGCCAGCAUGGUCAGCCUUGAGGAUGUUUUUGCCAGCCUCAAACAAAAGCAACCUGGUCAUAAACACUCCAUUUUUGAGUUUUCUACAUUUGUUUCCAAAAAUUCUUCUUUUGAGUUGAACAACUGCAUGUACUUUCCACUUGAAAAAUUAACCUACCGCAAUGCUCAGAUUCAGGAGAUGAAAUGUUCUAAAACUUAUGUGUCCAUCUGUGACAUGCAUUGUGAAAGCCAUGCCUUGAAUGAGCUGUGGAUACAGUCAACAGCAGAUGCCCAGAUCAGCGACACUGAUGCAUUUCGAAUGUCCCUUUUUUGGAUCCUUUUUCUCAUUCUCAUCGGUGUGUCCUCAUCUCUGGCUGUAGUCAUGAUUAUCGGUGAUGCCAUCUGCUUUAAAUUACUGGAGGAUGAGCCAGAACUCUUUGGACUACAGCGUCUUUGGGGUUCUAUUGGCUGGGGCCUUGCUGCGUUUGCAUCGGGUUAUUUGGUUGAUCUAGCAAACGAAGGGAAAGAGUACAAGAAUUACAAAAUAUUGCUGUACACAAGUAUUGUUCUUUUUGUCCUUGAUCUAAUUGCGGCUUUCAACAUCAAAUGUGUUCAAACUGAAGUCUCACCUAGCAUUUUUAAAGAUGUCUCCAAUUUGCUGAAAAAGCCCCAAGUUGUCGUAUUCUUUGCGUGGUGCAUCAUAGUUGGAUUUUUCUCUGCGAUCGUAUGGAAUUUUUUAUUUCUGUACAUUGAAGAUUUAGCAGCUGCCUUUAUCUCGGAGAAAGAUUUGAUGGUAAAAACUCUGCAAGGUCUUGUUGUCAGUGUACAAACCAUUGGAGGAGAAGUACCUUUCUUUUUCCUGUCGGGUCCAAUUUUGAAGAAGAUUGGUCAUAUCAAUGCUAUGUCUCUAGUAUUGGCUGCAUUCAGCAUCCGUUUUAUUCUAAUAUCACUUGUCGUGAACCCGUGGUACAUUUUACCCGUAGAACUACUCAAUGGGUUAACAUAUGGUAUGUUGACUGUUGCAAUGAAUUCAUAUGCAGCUCUUAUUGCUCCUCCUGGAACAGAAUCCACAAUGCAAGGCCUUGUAGGGGCAAUUUUUGAAGGGAUAGGUGCCUCAGUUGGAAGCUUCUUUUGUGGAUCUUUAUACGAUACUUAUGGAGGAAGAAACUUAUUCCGAAUUUUUUCCGCAAUUGCUGCAGUAUCAUUUAUCAUUCAUGUGUUGAUUCAGUUUGUUCUUAAUCUGAGUAAACCCUCCAAAAAGUAUAGAGGUGCAGUGACAGAAGGAAUUGAAAAUGAAGGGCUCCAAAUGCAGUAGCCAUACUUACAUGAUGUUUUUUCACCUAAAGUUUUUCACAAAUGAAAGUGGAUACUUUUGGAAAAUUUGGUUCUUCCAUACAGUUUAUCAUCGGGUUAGUCUUUUCUUUUUUCAGUAUUUUGAAGAUGAAGAGAAAAGAAUUUAUUCCCUGCAAUUUUUUUUAUUUUUUUUUAUUUAUGCAAUGCGAUAAAAGCUAAGAUGUAUCAUUGAAAGUUUUUGGAAAUGUGACCAUUUGAAAUAGUAGAUGCAGCAAAAUUUUCAAUGGGCCUGUUGCAAGGUGCGGGGAUUUGCAAAUUGAUGCCUGAUACCUAUGGCAAAUUUCUCGAAAAGAACGAUGGCGCUACUAAAAAAACUUGAAAUGACUUCUCAAACUCAAAAAAAGCUGCUUUUGGAACCGACCCAUUCGAAACGGUCACUUUUACGCGGUAACGGAUCCGCCAUACUCGUGGCGUGAAAUGGUUCGACAGACCUGGUCUUUUCAUCACUUACAAUGUAUUUUCCCGUAAGGAAUUGGCAGCCGCUUUUCAAAUGGA